CGCGCUCGACACCGUCCAGGACUCUCCACACGUACAGCUGCAUCGCCACCUCGCCAUGGACACCUCGUUCGACGUCGCGCAGUACGUCGCGCAGCACACAGCUGCCCUGCCAGGCCUCUUGGCCUUCAGCAUGGCCGCCCGCACGUCGCUCAAGAGCUACGUCGCCAGCCAGGCCACCGAGGCGCCGCCCAAGGUGUCGGACAAGGACCUGAAGAAGAUGACCUGGGCUCGCCGCGUCGGCCUCGUCGUUGGCAUGGUCGCCGUCUUCGGCACCGAGAUCUGGCUCCUCUCGACCGGCGACGAGCACGUCCUCGACAUGUUCUUCCGCUACCUGUUCGCGUUCGUCUACCAGCUCGCCCUCAUGGGGACGCUCGUCGACCUCAACAAGUCGUUCAAGUGGGCCGCGUUCCGGUCGCCCGGCAACCUCCUCGCCUUCCGCCCGGCGCCCGGCAGCGUCUCGUUCCCGCGCGUCUUGACGGCGGUCACGAUCGCGACCGGCAUCAACGUUGCGACCUACUUCGACCUGCACUACGGCUUCGCGUCGUUCCUGUCGGUCGCCCUCCUGUACCGCACCUUGUCGGGCGCGCACGGUCGCACCUUCAGCCUGCGCGUCACGAUGAUCUGCCUCCUCGCGUGGCUCGCCGUCACGUUUGUCGCCGUCGCCUUCAUCGUCGUGUACGCCGCGACGUACCUCAUGGACGGCGCUGCCGGCAGCCCCAUCCUCGAGGGCCUCGACGACGGGCCCGACGGCCCGCCCGCGUUCGCGUCGCCGGUCGUCAUGCGCUACCUCAGCCUCAUGACGCCGUUCAUCUACGCGUUCGCGCCGGGCAUGCUCAUCACGGGCUGCUUCCGGUUCGACUGGGCCAACCACGUCGCCGACGCGCCCGAGGUCGCCCAGGCCGUCACGCUCGAGACGUGCGAGCCGCGCAAGCGCUUCGCCAAGUACCUGUCGCAGGGCGUCAUCCUCCCCGCCACCAUGUCGACCGCCUUCCCCAAGCCGUACUACACUACGGCCCUGUGGGCGUGGAUCCUCGCCCAGGUCGCCGUCGUCGGCCUGUGGAUCGCCGCCCUCCCGCUCCCGCGCGAGGUCCUCGAGGCGGGCACGUUCGACAUGAUGGCGCUCUCGCUCGCCAUCCCCUUCAUGGUCGUCGCUCUCGCCGUCACGGCCUCGCUCCGCGGCGAGUUCCGCAGCCUGUGGACCUACAAGGAGGUCUGGGCCCGCCCCGAGUCGGACACGGGCGGCGCCAUCGUCCUCGGUGAGGGCAGCACCCUCGAUGCCGAGGCACACGUCGACAGUGCCCUCGUCGACGAGAAGCGCUCGCCUCUUGCCGCCGUCGAGCCGGUCGUCGUCGUCGUCGAGGCCGCGCCCGCGUACGCCGUCGAGGCCGUCGCGCCAAAGUAGGCAGCCGGCCGCCUUCAUGCCUCGAUCGCCCCCUGUCUUUGCCUUCCUUCGCUUUCUGUAGCUACUCUUUCUGUGCCUUGCCUUCUCCGCCUACCCUCUCUCUCUCUCUCUCUCUGUCCUUGUCCUUCAGCGCGUUUGUAAUCCGAGCCCAGUUCGCCUUCUU